GCUGUCGCUGUGGAAAGAUGCGAUCAGCGAGGAGCGGAGGCUUUUCCUUAAUUGCUCAUUUCGGUAACAGAGGCUAAACAGCCCGAAACCAACCCGCUGUGGUGUCUCCUGUUAAAGCGAGAAGCUCCGCACAUCCACCGCAGCGUUUAACCCAAGAAAUAUCCAUGUUGUAAGCAGACAGCGCAGACUUUACCCGGCGGUUUUGGCUCGAGAGCUCCAGUAUGUCCAAGCGGCGCUCGUCGGAGAGGGGGGCUGGAGAGACAUCAGGCAGGGCCAGCAAGCUGCAAUGUCCUGGGAUAUCCGGCAAUAACGCCAAGAGAGCCGGGCCCUUCAUCCUUGGGCCUCGCCUGGGCAACUCACCAGUGCCCAGCAUAGUGCAGUGUCUGGCCAGAAAGGACGGCACCGAUGACUUCUAUCAGCUCAAAAUCCUCACGCUGGAGGAGCGGGUGGACUCUGCAGGGGAGACUCAGGAGGAGAGGCAGGGGAAAAUGCUGCUGCACACAGAGUACUCCCUCCUGUCUCUGCUGCACAACCAGGAUGGGGUGGUCCACCACCACGGCCUUUUCCAGGAUCGAGCCUAUGAAAUCGUGGAGGACAUGGAGGCCAACAAAGUGCGCAAGAUGAAGAAGCGGAUCUGCCUCGUGCUCGACUGCCUGUGUGCUCAUGACUUCAGCGACAAGACGGCAGAUCUCAUUAACCUCCAGCAUUAUGUUAUAAAGGAGAAACGACUGAGUGAGCGCGAGGCCAUCGUCAUCUUCUAUGACGUGGUGCGUGUGGUGGAAGCCCUUCAUAAGAAAAACAUUGUGCACAGAGACCUCAAGCUGGGAAACAUGGUGCUGAACAAACGGACUCACCGAAUCACCAUCACCAACUUCUGCCUCGGAAAGCACCUGGUGAGUGAGGACGACCUGCUGAAAGACCAGAGAGGAAGUCCGGCCUACAUCAGCCCUGAUGUAUUAAGUGGUCGGCCAUACCGUGGUAAACCCAGUGACAUGUGGGCUCUUGGCGUGGUCCUCUUCACCAUGCUGUAUGGCCAGUUCCCCUUUUAUGACAGCAUACCUCAAGAGCUCUUCCGCAAGAUCAAGGCUGCUGAGUAUUCCAUCCCAGAGGACGGUCGAGUGUCUGAGAGCACGGUGUGCCUGAUCAGAAAGCUGCUGGUGUUGGACCCUCAGCAGAGGCUUACUGCAGGAGAGGUGCUGGAGUCUCUCAGUGCCAUCAUUGCCUCAUGGCAGUCUGUUUCAUCGUUGAGUGGCCCUCUGCAGGUGGUGCCGGAUAUUGACGAUCAGGUCAAUCACCCAGAACAUCUGCAAGAGGCCAAGGUGAUAGAAGAGUCUUCACAGUACGAGUUUGAGAACUACAUGCGCCAGCAGCUGCUGCUGGCUGAAGAGAAGAACACUAUCCACGAGGCCAAGAGCUUUCUCACCAAGCGCCAGUUUGGCAGCAUCCCGCCUGUAAGGCGUCUGGGCCACGACGCCCAGCCUGUCAGCCCGUUAGAUGCUGCCAUCCUGGCACAACGUUUCCUCCGGAAGUAGUCCCCAACCACCCAUGUCAGCCUCCCUGAUCUCCCCGGGGGAGUCCAGAGACCUGUGGAGUCCAGAGAGGACUGAGAAGGAUGAGCCCCCAAAAUUGAACUCGCGUACAGGAGGCCCAGCCUGACCCAGGUACAGACGGCCCCAUUCCUAGGUGGGUUUCGGGCAAGCUAGGUAGAGCAGGUGUGAGGAGAGCACCAGAACAAACUGCCAAUUGAAAACUUCACUCCUAGUGUCUGGAUCCUCCAGUGAAACAUGGAAAGCCCCGGAGGAAGAUCUGAACCAAAGGUUCCUUGCCCUCAGGUCACCCACAGUCAGAUCUCACUGUGCAACCAACCUGAUGGCACUGUCACAUAUGGGGCUAACACAAGGCUCUGCCUGGAGCAUUGAAGAGACGAUUAACCCCAUAUUCCUCCUCCUCCUCCUCCUCCUCCUCCUCCUCCUCCUCCUCCGAGAUCUCCCUACUGUAACACUUUCCCCAUCAACUCUGGAUCCCCUGAGCAAUACAGGACCAGAAUCAUGUAGCAACCCCCUCUCUUCCUAGUGGUUAAUGGUAUUGCCUCAAGUCAGAUCACCUGAUCACAGAUGUCACUUCUCUAUACCUCCAUUCCACCCUCCUCUCACUCCUUCCUCUUCCUCUCUACUGUUUUCCUGUAUCGAAAAUGAUCCAGACUGGUUCUGUCUGUAACUCUGACUUCAAAUCAAUCUACCUCUCUGUCUCUCUUCUCUGUUGGUAAACCAUGCUCACUGUUCUGAGACAAGGGAUUGUAACAAUGGAGUCUUGAUGCCACCAGUGACAUAAAGCAUUAAUGUUUUCUGUCAGAGUGAUAAUGCUUUGAAACCGUUUCAGUGGUUUCAAAAAAUCUGAAUAAGCUUUUUAUCAUAUAUUACCUUAAUAAGUAGCAUUUCACCCCUACCUUUGGAUUGAAGAUACAGAAUAUCAAAGUGUGUACAUACAUCCUUUGAUAUUUGCAAAAUGCAUUGUCUCCUGCUUUUGCUCAUCCCUGUGGAAAUCUAUUUUUAGCAUCUAGGCAGCUAGUGUGAGGUACCUGGAAGUCACAAUGCCAAGAACUGAAUGGGAAACACUGUUGGAUCCUCCCUGCCAAGGCAUAUUGAUGGUAACGCUUCCUCAGUGCCAUUAUAGUGGAGAUCAGGCACUGUCACGUUUCUAUUGCCAAAAAUCAUGUCUUAAAUUUACUCUAAGCCAAGGAAACUGGUACCCACAGCCUCAUUCAGAAUCAAAUGGCUUCCAGGUAUUCCAACUUCCCUGUUUCUCUUUAUCAAGACAGAUCAUGGGUUGAUCAAGUGUUUUUCAGUAUGAAUGUGAACUGUCAUUCAACGCUUUGAUGUCUGCAGUAUCCGUGAGUGUGCACGUGUGUGUGUGUUUCGGGCCAGGCGAAAUCAAGAGUCUGCAGAGCUGUCGAGCUGUUCACCUCUAACAGCCUCAGACCCUUUUAAGCUAUCCUCCAAUCAUUGUGUUCUGUUAUCUGGCCUGCCUCAGUGGCAGACACUGUGAAAACCCGAGCAGGCUUUGCUGAGACGGGGCUUGACUGAAUGCUUUAGCGAUCGUCAUUUGUAAAAUGUCACACAUCUAUCGACAUUCUCAAGCCCUCUCUUGAGCACAACUUGUACAUGCUUGUAUUAUCUCACCAUGUAGGCUCUCUGCGCAGAGAGGCUAGCUGGUGGCCGGUAAUCAAUACUGUAAUAUUUCAUAGAGAAAUGAAAAUACAGACUCGUAAGUUUUAAGUUUAAUUGCUGGGUCUUCUUGGCUAUCGAUACGUUCUCGUCUUUUUAUCAAACGCUUUCUUCAAACCAUGGCAAAGCUACUAACCAGUGACUGUUAGGCAUCUGUACACUGCAACUUGCCUUUGCGUAUUGGUACCUGCUUUAGGCUAUCUAGACCUCUUCCUAUUUAUAUUCAAACUGAUUGCAUGAACAUAGGCUCUGGAAUAUUUUCAAAUGUCUUUACUUCUUUUUUUUUUUCCUUGUAAUUUCAUGUUGAUUUAUUUAUUCACUUGUGUAGACUCCCCCCGAAACCCCCCUAAACCACUGGGGCUUGUGUCACAGACUAGGAGCAGUUUUAUGUCAGUGAAACAGGCCCCAAAUCUCUUUUCCUCUCUCAGCUUUAAGAAGUGUUGUUAACUCCAACAGUCGUUCUCAUUUUGAUCCUUUUCAGCCACACUCAUGAAGAGUAGCAUCUGUUUUUGUGUUUUUGGUUUCCUAAAUCAUUUUCUUGCCAUUUUACCACACAGUCUGUGGUCAACUUAAGCUACACUAAUAACAAGACUGACUCUGCAUAGUUAUAUUUUUUACAAAAAACAAAAUACUGGCACAUUAUGUUGAUUUACGGGAGUUUUUCUUUUUUUUUCUUUCUUUUUUUUUUUUUUCUUCUUAUUUCAUUCACCCUAAAAGUCCCCACACAAGGCUGCACUCUCCGGUCAGUAUGUAAAUAUGUACCAUCACGACUGCGCCAGUCACAUUGUAUGUAGUUCCACCCAGUGUGAUACUAACUGUUUCAACACAUGCCGAUUGACGUGCAUUAUAGGCCACGUUGGCCACCAGCCACCACAUCCAGAGGUGAAAAUCACAUGUAAAGACAGCUGUCGGCUCUCUCCCACCUCAAUGUGAAUUCCAUGGGUAUACAGCAGUAUUGUAGUAGUCUAGGUCGUUCAUCAGAAAAGGGUGUUUUCAUGAACACCGUAGCCAUCGCCGAAUGCUGACAUCAAGUGAUCCGUCUGUGGAAAGUGUCUUACACCAUCUUCCAUGACGCUCGACUACAGAUUAGUAACUAAAGGUUCAAUAGACCCGUGACGUAGAUGUUAUUUUGUCUCUCCCCCCUCUAAUCAAAAAGUGUUUCACCUUCUAGCUAGUGGAUUGUACACAUUCAAUGUUUGUUUUACAGAGUUGUAUUGAUAGACUGCAGUGUGGACUGAAAAAGCAUGGACGUAGUGUGAGGUUCAGCUCUGUGUAAAACACGUGACUGUUGCAUGAUUUUGAACUUGCAAGGUGUGCCGGUGCAACUGAUUAAGACUUUGAAGAUAAGUUGCUCCUUUGGGUUCUACGAGAAACUACAAAGCAAAAAUAGAUAGACCCCUUGAUUAAUGAGUUGUGAAAUUUGGUUGUUGAUUUUCAAAAAUUUGAGUUUUUGUGAUGAUUUUCACCCUGCUUCUAAAGUCUUCAGUAUACAUCCGAUAUAUUGCUGACUGUCUCAACUGGAAACUCGGUGUAGGAUGUGAAAUGUGGUGUAAGUUUAAACCCAAUGGGACAAUGUGUUGUAAGCUGCUUGGUCGGACACGGGCAUCUAGAUACAGAAAACUGCGUAAUUGUACAGAUGAAAAACACGUUUGUAUAAAAAACAUAUUUUUCUACUUCAUCAGAUCUCUACAUGCAUGUCAGCAAUAAACUUUGAUAUGGAAACAUU